AUGAGAGCCAAUGGGGAGGCUCGUUGUGAUCCCAGCCGGGUGAAAAAGUGCGAGUGCGAGUCCCGAAGAGUCUUAAAUCUGCGGAGAGGACUGCGAGGAACACAGUUACUAGUAGCUGCUGGUUCUGGGAGAUCGCUGAUUUACCAAACUUUCCAAACACCGAACAGCGUUCUGGAUCUUUGUGAGAGAGGAAGCGACUCUCCAGCCGCUGUCAAUCUAAGCCCACCAUCUCUUCGCAGAGGACUUCCAUACCUGCAGCAGCGUCCAUCCGUCCCGGUCGUCAUGUCGUCCGGUGCCGCCGCGGAGCAGAGUCGGCGGGUCAGCUUGCUGUCUUGGGAUCAGGUGCGGCGCUUGGACUCCAUCCUCGGGGAGAGCGUGCCCAUCCACGGCCGGGGGAACUUCCCCACGCUGUCAGUGAAGCCCCGGCAGAUCGUCCAGGUGGUCAGAGCUCGACUGGAGGAGAAGGGUGUGGUUGUGCGUGAUGUAAAGCUUAACGGCUCUGCAGCCAGCCACGUACUUCAUCAGGACAACGGCCUUGGCUACAAAGACCUUGACCUAAUAUUUGGCCUACAUCUUUCUGACGAUAAAGCUUUUCGUCUAGUAAAGGACGUGGUGCUGGACUGCCUGGUGGACUUCCUGCCUGAAGGAGUGUGCAGGGAGAGAAUCACAGCCCUUGCCCUGAAGGAGGCUUACGUGCAGAAACUGGUGAAAGUUUGCAAUGACACGGACCGCUGGAGCCUCAUCUCGCUGUCCAACAACACGGGUAAGAAUGUGGAGCUUAAGUUCGUCGACUCUCUGAGGAGGCAGUUCGAGUUCAGCGUGGACUCCUUUCAGAUCUCGCUGGACUCAUUGCUGCUGUUUGACCGGUGCUUGGAGACGGCCAUGUCUGAGACCUUUCACCCUAGUGUGCAGGGUGAGAGCAUGUAUGGAGACUUUGAAGAAGCUCUAGAACAUCUCCGCUCCAGAAUUAUUGCCACCCAAAGCCCGGAAGAGAUCCGGGGCGGCGGGCUGCUAAAGUAUUGCCACCUCCUGGUGCGCGGCUUCCGUCCGUCCUCCGAGAGUCACAUGAAACAGAUGCAGCGCUACAUGUGCUCACGCUUCUUCAUUGACUUUCCUGACAUAUGUGAGCAGCAGAGGAAACUGGAGGCAUAUCUGCAAAACCACUUUGUUGGAAUCGAGCAAAAGCGCUAUGAGUACCUGCUGACGCUGAGGCAGGUGGUGGAUGAAAGCACUGUGUGUCUGAUGGGCCACGAGCGCCGCCAGACGCUAGCUCUGAUAUCCGCCCUGGCACUGCGUGUUAUGGCCGAACACUAUGCCAUCCCUGCUCUGUCCAACAUCACCUGCUACUACCAGCCUGCUCCGUAUGUCAGAGAUGUCAACUUUAGCAACUACUACGUGGCACAAGUUCAGUCCAUGUCUACGCGUAGUAACUCUUACCAAACAUGGCUGCCCUGCAGCUGAGGAUUGUCAUUACGGAUAUGUGAAGAUCCUUGUAUUUUAUAUUGUUAUAAGGUGAGCAUGUUUUACUUGCUGCGUCCACCACAGGUAUCAGUGUUGCAUUCUGGCUCUGUCAAGGCUGUAAUGGUCAAUCAACUGGGAUUAUGGGAAGUAUGGGUUGCAGAGCUUACAACAGGCCUAGGUGAUAUAAAAUAUCACAAGCUAAUGCAAAGCUAUUAACGCAUGGUUCAGACCUAGGCAUGGGCUGAUAUGAGAUUCUUAUUGUAUAACCUAAUAUCAAGGUAUAUCAAGUGAUCAAAUAGCUUUUAUUUAAAACAAAAAAGCAACAACACUGCUGCUAACACUCUCUAGUGGGACGUGCCCAGGAGACCCCCAGGAAGACCCAGAACUCGCUGGAGGUACUACAUACAGGUCCUUCUCAAAAUAUUAUCAUUUUGUGAUAAAGUUCAUUAUUUUCCAUAAUGUCAUGAUGAAAAUUUUACAUUCAUAUAUUUUAGAUUCAUUGCACACUAGCUGAAA